ACGCAUGGUUGUGUCUUUACUGCUUUGUUGUGUCUCCUUUGUUUCGCGCAGACGUGAAAACAAGUUCAGUUGGCACCCAGCGUGAAUAUCGACAAAAGCAGAUUUUAAGACCUAAAACGGGUCAGACAUCUUCAUCUGAGGGCCCUGUCUGUUUGUCAGUCACAUUACCCAACCACUGUGUGAACCUGUUUACACUAACUGUGAUGUGACAGGCUGUUUGGCCUAGCUGGGGGACAGAGACAUGAUGUUAUGACAACAUGAAAAGAGAGGUGAAGGCCGGAGUCAGCUUUCUCAAACGCCUCGCUAUUGCGCGUGGCAAGCUUGAUGAAGCCAAAGCAGAAUUGUUUGCUGAGAAUCUACAGAAACUUUUAUGCGCCAAAUAUGAUGACCACUGGUACCCUGACUCCCCCAGCAAAGGCCAGGCGUACAGAUGUAUCCGGAUAAAUAACGGCGUGCUCUGUGAUGAAGUGGUCCUAAAGGCAUGCGAGGAGAGUGAGCUCACACCCAGUGAGCUAGGUCUUCCGGCUGAGAUCACACUGUGGAUUGACCCACUGGAGGUGUGUGCAAGAUCUGGAGAGAACAGCAGGCCCUUCACAAUAGCCUGUUUCGAAGAGGAAGACGAGGAGGACGCUAAGGGAGAACAGAAUGACUCCUCCGUGGACUCCGUAAAUCUUGACACGUCAGAUUACCACUCUGCUACCUCUUCAGAUUGUGGUUCCACUGCGUCAAGCGACACAGAGGAGGAUGCAAAAGAUGACGAGAAGGAGGUUGCCAAGAAGGACACGGCAGAAGGCGACACCUACACCAUAGUAAUGGUGCCCAGGAUUCGGAAGCGUUACGCUGAAAGAAUAAAUAAGGUCAAAUACGUCAGAAAUAUGAUCCCUGCAAGCCUUCAGUACGUCUACCAUGCUGCACCAGUUUGGCCUCAGUACAAGAAGGGCGCUCCAGUGUUUCUGAACACUGUGUGUGUGCCUCCAGCUCCGCCGCCCUCAUCCCAGCAGGUACUCGGCUACUACAUUUUGCCGCAGCCGUCUCCACAGUUCAUUCUGCCUCAAGCCGCUCUGCAGCCGUGGGGAGCCGUGAAGGGUUAGACCGUCCAGGAUGUGUGGGGUGAAGGUGGAUAGAGCUCCCAAGCUCCUUCAACUGAGCCAUGUCACGUCAGGUCUCUGAGUUCAGCUAAACUUGGGCCAAAAAAGAACAUUUGAUUCCUGGUACAACCUUAAAUAGUUCCCAUCUUUUUCAUUCCUGGUGACUUUGCAUUGGUGGUUUGUACCCCACGCAGAGACACCACUAAACUUGAGUGAAAAAUGUUUUUUAAUCUGUCAGGUCUAUACUGCUAAUUAUUUUUUUACUUGCUGUACGUGUGAAGAAUGACUUCAGUCACUGGGUGCUAGAACUAACUCAGCAACUUGCAGCAAUAUCCUUAAUGCCAAAUAACUGUCCUUUCAGUUGUGACACUGUCAAUCUCUUUGUCUGUUCCCUCAACAAAUACGAUGCACAGUGUAUACAACACGGUUAAUCAAUGUAAAAUGUCAUUCAGGGUUUUAAACUUUUGUAGCUAGUGUGACAAUAUCUGUAUAUUAAGAAGAGUAUUUUUACUAAACUGCUUGUAAAUAAUACAGAACACCAACCCCACCGACUGAUGCACACUUUUUAACAUAACUGUCUUUUUGUUGUAAUUUAUUUGGCCACCACUGGAUGGCACUCAAGUCACAGCUGGAAUUGUUUAUAUAUAUAUAUUUUUUUUUAUUCACAGUGGCUGCUGUAUUAUUGCAAAUGUAACUUCACAGAGCACAAAUGGCUUGAACUUUCUGCUCUCAGUAAAAUGUCUGCUGUUCCUUAUUCAGGUGUAUCUCUUGUAUGGCUUGCGUAAAGCUGUGCCUUUUAAGUUUUUUUUAUUUGUUAUUUUAAAUAACUUGCGAUGGAAAUCUGCUACAGCUAUAUAAAUCAUGAAUAUGUGUUUCACUCACUGUUUCUUAUGUACUGUGAUUAUUUAAAUAUAAUGAUGCAUAUUUAUUUGAUGUCCCUGGAACUUUGAUGCUUGGCUGUGUGCUUUAAACAUUGUUUGUUUCAUCUUUUGCAUGAACUGUUUGCUUUCUUGUUGCAGUCCAUUAAAUCCACUCAUGUCUGACA